GCCAGGCAGAAGCCAGGAGCUCUGAGCUCAGUCCAGGUCUCCCGCCAGGGACUCAGAGGCCCACGGGUUGGGGCCCUCACUGCUGCUUGCCAUGGUGGGCAUUGGCAGGAAGCUGGCAUUGGGAACUGGUGCAGCACUCCAGCUCUGAGGCUGGGGGGAGAUGUGGGCAUCUGAACUGCUGGGCCAAGGGCUUGCCCCCUUGCUGCUGUGAAGAGAAUGAAAGCACCAGCAAACCAGCGUACUUUUAUCUCUCAAAUGCAAAACAGCUUUUUUUCUUGCUGUCCCAUGCAGUUAAGUUGCCUUUUGGAGUUAUUGCUUAAAGACAUUUUUUGGUUGUGAUUACUGAAUGAAAAAAAACUUAGUUACAGAUGGUUAUCUGAUAAUUUCCUUUGCUUAACUGCUGAAUAGUUUAAUAGUUUUAAAAUCAUUAUAGUGUUUGGAAAACAGCAUUUAAAAAUCUGAUACAACAGAAUUCUGUUUUAAUAGGCUCACUCAGUUAACCUUGAUGAAGAACCUUCCUGUGGAAUAGCAAAGUCUUCCACUGAACUUGGCACCUGCCGUUUUGGGUUUAAAACUCUGGGCUCUAGGCUUUGAUCUGCUGAGCAGCUAGGGACAGAUCGCUUGCCCUCUCUGAGUCUGUUUGGUCAUGUGCAAACUAGAAUAUCCACCUGCAAGAUCCUAAAGGAAGAUUUCCAUUUGGUAAUUUGUUUAAUCAGUGCAAGUGAAAUUAAGGAACAAUGGAUGUAGAAAAUGAGCAGAUACUGAAUGUAAACCCCACAGAUCCUGAUAAUUUAAGUGACUCACUCUUUUCUGGCGAUGAAGAAAAUGCUGGGACUGAGGAAAUAAAGAAUGAAAUAAAUGGGAAUUGGAUUUCAGCAUCUUCCAUUAAUGAAGCUAGAAUUAAUGCCAAGGCAAAAAGACGACUGCGGAAAAACUCGUCCCGGGACUCUGGCCGGGGCGAUUCCGUUAGUGAUAAUGGCAGUGAAGCCCUUCGAAGUGGAGUAACUGUGCCGAGCAGUCCAAAGGGAAGGCUGCUGGACAGGCGAUCCCGAUCCGGGAAAGGACGGGGACUGCCAAAGAAAGGCGGUGCAGGAGGCAAAGGCGUCUGGGGGACCCCUGGACAAGUGUAUGAUGUGGAGGAGGUCGAUGUGAAAGAUCCCAACUAUGAGGAUGACCAGGAAAACUGUGUUUAUGAAACUGUAGUUUUGCCUUUGGAUGAAAGGGCGUUUGAGAAGACUUUGACACCAAUCAUUCAGGAAUAUUUUGAGCAUGGAGAUACAAAUGAAGUUGCGGAAAUGCUAAGAGAUUUAAAUCUUGGUGAAAUGAAAAGUGGAGUACCAGUUCUGGCAGUGUCGUUAGCACUGGAGGGGAAGGCAAGUCACAGAGAGAUGACAUCCAAGCUUCUGUCUGAUCUUUGUGGGACGGUCAUGAGCACAAAUGAUGUGGAGAAAUCAUUUGAUAAGUUGUUGAAAGAUCUGCCCGAGUUAGCACUGGACACUCCUAGAGCACCACAGUUAGUGGGCCAAUUUAUUGCUAGAGCUGUUGGAGAUGGAAUUUUAUGUAACACUUAUAUCGACAGUUACAAAGGAACUGUAGAUUGUGUACAGGCUAGAGCGGCUCUGGAUAAGGCUACCGUGCUCCUGAGUAUGUCUAAAGGCGGAAGGCGCAAGGACAGUGUGUGGGGCUCCGGAGGUGGACAGCAGCCUGUCAAUCACCUGGUUAAAGAGAUUGACAUGCUGCUGAAAGAGUAUUUGCUCUCUGGAGACAUAUCUGAAGCUGAGCACUGCCUGAAGGAGCUGGAAGUGCCUCAUUUUCACCAUGAGCUUGUGUAUGAAGCUAUUGUAAUGGUUUUAGAGUCAACCGGAGAAAGCACAUUUCGGAUGAUUUUGGAUUUGUUAAAAUCCCUUUGGAAGUCAUCUACCAUUACUGUAGACCAAAUGAAAAGAGGUUAUGAGAGAAUUUACAAUGAAAUUCCUGACAUUAAUCUGGAUGUCCCACAUUCAUACUCUGUGCUUGAGCGAUUUGUGGAGGAGUGUCUUCAGGCUGGCAUAAUAUCCAGACAGCUCAGAGAUCUGUGUCCUUCAAGGGGCAGAAAGCGCUUUGUAAGUGAAGGAGAUGGAGGCCGUCUGAAGCCAGAGAGCUACUGAAUAUGAGAACUCUUGCAUUCUUAGAUGUUAUAAAAAUAUAAAUCUGAAUUGUAAGAGUUAGCACAGGUUUUUUUUUUUUAAGCACUUGUUUUAAGUACAAGUCAUUUCGGAAAUUUUAUAUAAACUUACAUUGAAGGGGAAUUUUUUUAAAAAGGAGAUAUCCUUUUUUUUUUUUUUUUUGAGGUGGUUAAGGAGGGACAGAAAAGUAACCACUUAUUUGAGUGGAACAUUCUAAUAAGCUACUUUUUGUAAGUGCCAUGUUUAUGAUCCAAUCAUUCCAAGUUUCGCAUUGAUGUCUGACUGCCACUCCUUUCUCUCAAGGACAGUGUUUUUUGUAGUAAAAUCACUGGUUUAUAGAAAGCUUUAUUUAGGGGGUGAUGUUGAGCUGCUAAAACCCCAUGUUGGCUGCUGCUGUUGAAAUACUGUGCUUUGGGAGUAAAAAAAAAAAAAAGUUAUUUCUUUGUCUUAGGGAAAUUUAAGAAAAAAUGAGUAGUCAUGAGACUUAUUCAUCUUUCCAGGGAACAUACUGAUUGGUUUUAAAGACUAGACAGUUCAGUAAAUGGUGGCUGGAACAUCUAUUUUUCUACAAAACUGGAAAAAUGAAGCCGGUUCUAGAAGAAUGUACAACAAAAUAAACAUGUGAAGCAGU